AUGGAGCAGAAACAGGAGAACAGAGGGCAGAGACACUUUGCUUCUGAACUGGCAGACAGUCUCAAGACAGAUCCACAACAGGGAGCAGUCCAAAGAGUUCUGCCCAGAGAACGCCAGCCCUCCGCCCGAAGCCUUCCCCAGGUGUCAGGGGCCCGCGUCGUAGCCGGAGACACUGACCUGACCACCUUCCCGAGGGCCUCCCCUCGCGUCCCCAUCGCCACCCUCACUUCCCUGACUCCACGACCCACCUUCCCUCCUCCCUCUCCCCUAAGGUGUCUACUCCCGCGACUGCAGAGCGCCCAUCUUCCAAGCCCGGGCAAAACCCGGAGAGGUGGAAUCCCUCUCCCGGAGCGCCCCGGCGGCCACUGGGCAUGCUCCGUCGUCAGGCAGGUUCGGGGCUGGAAGCAGCUUGUGCGCCUCGCGGAUUCCUCCUGCGGCCGCGCGUCCUCCGCCUCGCGAGCAGCGAGCGGACGCAUGAUGGCGGCCGCGGCGGGGAGCGCCAGCGGCGGCAGUAGCGGCGGCGGCCGCGGCGGCAGCAGCAGCAGCGACACGUCCAGCACGGGCGAGGAGGAGAGGAUGCGGCGCCUCUUCCAGACAUGCGACGGCGACGGCGACGGCUACAUUAGCAGAAACGACUUGCUGAUGGUGUGUCGCCAAUUGAAUAUGGAAGAGUCUGUGGCAGAGAUCAUGAACCAGCUGGGCGCAGAUGAAAACGGCAAGAUUUCCUUUCAAGAUUUUACAAGAUGCCGCAUGCAGCUCGUCAGGGAAAUCCGGAAGGAGGAAGUAGGCCUUUCGGAGAGGUCAGACAACUCCUGUAAGAAGAAAAAGCUGAGGGAUAGAAUUGCCUCCUGGCCCACGAGCAGUGACAACAGUCUGGGUGCUGUAUCAGCAGCCAGGGAGAGCUGGGAAUACGACUCCGGUGCCAGGGACCUCCAGAGCCCGGACUUACAGACUCAGUCAACCCUACAGAAGCUUCUGGAGUAUGGGGGGAGCUCUUGGCACCAGCAGGCUGCCGCUCUCUACAAGCUGCUCGCACAGUCCCCGCGUUUUGGCAGCUCUGUAGGAGGCAGCUAUCUGGAGCUGGCCAACACGGUAAGUACUUUCCGGUUCAUGGAACACAUCUCUAGGAUGGUGUGUAUUCCAAGGCAAAUAUUUAAAUGCUGCGCUCCAGGGGACGUAUCGGAUAUUGUCUUUUUUAUUAAUCUACACCUUGUGCCGUUGCCAACAUUGCCAAUGAUGUUGAGUGUUCCAAAUAUUUAUGAUUGGCAACGUCACUGCCAUUAUUCAGAGAAGAGUUGUCUCCUAAAAAGUGUUUUAAGUCUGUACCUUAUCCCGAUUUGAUUACUAGAAUAUCUCCAGUGGCUUCACCUUAACUAGAAUGCUUUUCUGACACCAGACGCUACACAUUAAUCAGUUAUCAUCCUUCCUUUAUGUUCCCUAACUUGGACUUGACUCAUUUGGAAAACAAAGAGGAAAAUAUGUCAUUGAAAGCUUGGUAAUUGUUUCUGCUUGUACUUUAAGAACAUAUUCUGGGAGUUCCCACCGUGGCGCAAUGGGAUCGGCGGUGUCUCUGGAGCGCUGGGACUCGGGUUUGAUCCCCCGCUGGCGUGGUGGGUUGGGGACUCUGACAUUGCUGCAGCUGUGGCUCAGAUCUGAUCCUUAACCUGGGAACUCCAUAUGCCACAGAGCAGCCAAAAAA